AUGCCCAUCUUCCUGACGGCAGAGCAGGCGCGGCAUCAGGCUGUUUGGCAGUUGCCCUUCCUCCUGACUCAGCGGGACCAGGUAACCCUUUGGCGGCCAGACCGUCCUCAGCAGGUUGUUUCGCUGCCUGCCGGGGCGUCUUGGCGCCCCACGGCUGCUAGUUUUGUCACUGACUGGAGCGGCCAGCAUGCCCGUUGGGCGCCCAUGCCAUGGAUACCCGACACGGGCCUGCAUCUCUGCCUACGCAGUGACGAAGCCAAUCGGGCCAACGUUGUCUUAUGGAACAGGAGCCCUGUCUGUCGUCAGCUUGCACGCUCACCACCACCCACCCAUGUCGUUCGCGGCACCGCUAACAUGGACCCCUCUGAUGUCCUUCUGCGGGAUGGCGAUGUACUUACACCCCGCGUUCCGGCGAGCCGUUCCACCCUUCUCCGGCCUCUCUGGCCAUUGCUUCUGACCCUGUGGGGAUGCCGAGGCUGCUGCUUGGAUGGGGAGGCCCCUCGCACCCUCCUUCUGUUUCUCUGGGUCGCCUAUGGUCUAAGCAGCGCUCCGGCCAACGCUCUGGUUUUCAGUCCCGAGUCGCGCGCUGAGCCCGCAUCUGAGCGAUGGUCGAAGCCCUAUUCAGGCUCACACAUCGACUUGGGGAGCGUGACGCCACCACGCCCGACCUCUGUCGCACAGGCCAUCGCCGGGAGUUCCCUUCGACUGUGCUACCUCCGUCCACAUGGGGCUCCUGUCUGGAGGCGGCACUCUAGCUCGUGUUGGGAAGCCGACAUCACCCCAGCUGGCCAGCUACAGGAGAAACUAUAUGAGUUCUGGCUGGCGGACGACCUUCCUACAUCCCUGCCCUCACGAGUACCCUGGAAGCUGCAGCAGGCCUGGUACGCGUACCCGACUUGGACCUGCGGCGUUCCUGAGCAGGUUCUGAUUUCUACUGAUGGCACUGGCCUGCAUACUGGUGCGUGGGCCUUCGUGGCCUGGGGGUGGCAUGCAGGGCAAUGGUACCGGCUGGGAUGGGAGCACGGCGUCGUGUGUCAGCAAUGGUCAAUCGCCCCUGGGCUCCUCUCGUACGCCGCAGAACUUGCGGCACUCCAGACUGCAGCUCUGUGGGCAUGCGUGUGGUUGGAUGCUAACGCGGCAGCGUGGCACACCAAGCCCACCGUCAUCACUGCCGCUGUGGACAACUCAGUGUUGCGGCCGGUCAUGCCUCGGCUGUGGCCGGGUCAUGCAGGCUUUGUUGUCAAUGAGCUUGUCGACGCUCUGGCCGGCUUAGCGGCCAAGCAUGGCAACCUAGGUGUCGAGCGUCAGGUGCACGCGCCACAUCAUUCGGCGCUUUGGGCAGAGGCAGCGGAUGAUCUCUGGCUGGUGCCAUACGGGCGAGUUGUUGAUGGCACGAGAGUCCUCCUCCAGUGGGACGUGCCCAUGCCAGAGGCAGCCACCGCCUCUCGACACGUUGAAGCCGACGACAUUGAGGAGGUGCCCCCCGCACCCAAACCGGCCCACCUCGCAUUUCGGGCGGUACAGGCUAACAUCCAGUCCAUUAAGGAUACUGUGCCGCAUUUCUUUAAUAGAACUGGAUCGGGACAACGCCGGGCUUAUCUUCACAAACAACUGCGGGAUUUGCAAGUGCACCUCGUCACCCUGCAAGAGUGCAGGUCCAGACAGGGUCGCUGGGUCUCUGGCGACUUCCUGACGUGGCGCUCCGGUGCGGACCGGCAAGGACAGUACGGAUGUGAAAUCUGGCUGCGCUCUGACUGGGUCCCGCACUGCGACUCUCUGGACGCAUGGGUCAUUGUUUGCUCCACACCGCAGAUGCUUGUCAUCAAAACACGCUCGGUCUCCCCCCCGUUGUGCAUUGUCUCGGCACAUGCCCCCCAUGCUGACAGGCCGAGCACGGAGAUUUCCGCGUUCUGGGGGGCCCUGGGGACGCAUCUUAGCCAUCUUCCCUCCGAUGCUACCCUCAUGCUAGGCGUUGAUGCCAAUGCCGAUUUCGCAGCUUCCGACGUUGACGAUGUCCUCGUCGGUCGCAGGGUCACUCUGCAGGCUCCCCGGCUCGGUGAUGAUAAACUAGCUCAGCUGAGCAGACAGGCUAGGCUGGUGGCCCCGGCCACCUUCACCACAAUCCAUCACGGCCAUGAUUGGACCUGGCAACACGCCAGCGGUCUGAGCAAACGCCUUGACCAUUGGCUGGUGUCCGAGGCGCAAUGCAGAGUCUCGUAUACAGCGCCCCUCCCGGUCACAAACAUACCAGCGGUUCCAGGAAAGCCUGGCUGGGACGGUGUUUCCGUGCCUGGCGACAGCGCCCAGGAUGAGGAGGAGCUGUGGGAUUGCACCUCCAACCCACAGAUGUGGCUUGGAGGCUACGGGAACUCGCCCACAGACCGCGUGAAGCAUGUGGCAAAGCGGCUUCCGCAAAAGCCGGGUGAGAAAGCCGUUUCCUUCAAAGCCUGCGCUGGGGGCGUCCAGUGUGUGGUACUGUCUUCUUCUGCUCUCAGCUCGGCUGGACAAGAGUUUGUUGUGGAGGCACGCUUGGAAGCUGCCCUAAAGCGUUUUGACUUCUAUGUGGGGCUGGUGGGCCAUCAUGGCCUGGGAACCUUUGAGGGCGAGGUGUUUGUGGCCUUGGGAUCACAUGGUACCGGCGCCACCUUCGUUUGCCGCAAGUACAACACCGAGGAUGCUGGCAGCUGCUCAUCAGGGGACAUGCCGAGUUUGACAGUUGGAGACUCGAUUCGCAUGAAUCUCCGGAUCGGAGAGGAAGAGGAUAGCCUGUCCUACAUGGUCAACGAUGACGAGGUAACGCAACCGACAAUCCUCGAAACCAUUACGGAACCAAGGGGUAAGGCCACGGCCAAUGGCGCGGACUGGAAAGGAUGGCGCCCCUUCAUCGCCAUCACCGGCGCCACCGUCAGCGUCGAAGUCCUGAACGCCUGA